AUGGUCUGUCUCUCGGGGGUUGCCAUCCCGGUCUUCCUCGACACCGACACCGAUGCCGCGCACCUGGUCCGCCAAUGGGUGCGUGUUUAUCACUACGGCCACAUUUACAUGCCUGCACUUUGUCUCGCAACCUGCGGGCUAUACGGAUACAUAGCCCUAAAUCGUUUGCAACGCCGGAUUUACGUGCUGGCUGGUCUAAGCACGAUCGCUAUGGUUCCCUUUACUUGGAUCUUUAUGGCCCCAACCAACAACACUCUGUUUCAUCUGGAUGGACUGGACAACCUUUCUUCUAUUGAACUCGCAGCAGUGCAAGAUAUUGUGAUAAGAUGGUCUUGGUUACAUUUGUUUCGAUGUCUAUCUCCCAUAGUUGGUGUUCUGCUGGGCUUCACGGGUUUGCUACAGGAGCUCGGGUUCGGGCUAUAA